ACACCUAUCAAAAACAUCCAACCCUUUGAAAAUCAUCAUUAAAAUGCUCUCUCUAGCUUUGACAGCUGAACUACAGGGGGUAGCAGGCCUUCAGCCCAAAGACACAGAAGAGGAACCGUACUACUACACCUUCAAGGUCCUCUGUAGCUCAUGCAGAGAGGAACAUCCAAAUUGGGUCAGUUUUUCUCGAUAUGAAAAACACGACAUCCCGGGCAGUCGAGGAGAAGCAAACUUUGUCUGGAAAUGCAAGCUCUGCGGUAAAACACACUCAGCCUCCAUAACAGCCGGUCCAAACGCAUACCAAAUCCCCGAAAAUGCCAAAAACAAAACUCAAAAGAUCAUAGAACUCGACUGUCGCGGUCUUGAGUUUACGGAUUUCAAGGCUGAUGGAGACUGGGAAGCAAAAGGGGCGGAAACUUCGACGUCCUUCUCAGGCAUUGAUCUCUCCGAGGGGGAGUGGUAUGAUUAUGAUGAGAAGGCUGGUGAGGAAGUUAGUGUUAAGGAUAUCAAGUUUGAGAUUCGGAAUAUCAAGUAAAUGAUUGAUUGUCAGGAAGGAAAAUGGGAGGCUGUUGGGAGGGAGGGGACGGGUUGAUGUAAGUUAGCUAGUUAGCGACGACCGAAUGAUAAUGG